AUGUCUUCAGCAUCCUCUAGUAAAGCGAAACCCCCAACAGAAGAGGAGAUAGUAGAAGGUUUCAAUCGGUUGCGUUACGAACAGCGCUCUAUCGGGAGCAAAAUUAAUGAUCUAGAACUUGAUCAAAGGGAACACAAUAUGGUCAUUAAAGUGUUGCAGUCAGUGGAGCCUACUCGUAAAUGCAUGAGAAUGAUAGACAAUGUAUUAAUUGAACGUCAAGUGAAGGACAUCCUUCCGGCUCUUGAAGAUAGUGUAAAAAAAGAGAUAAUGGAACAAAAUAACUCAAAUACGAGAAUGAAUUCGUAUAUUUCGUAUGCUCAUUGAUCUGAACAGGCAAUCGGCGAGACGAAAUUAAGUGACGCGCAGAGGAGAUGGCGGGUGAGACAAUUCGUUGUGAUUAAGCGUGACUCAAUAUUUAUUCUUACCAAAAUAAUUUGCAGACACUCAGUGAAUAAGGUGAGCAAUUAACACACCAGUAAAUGUUUACCCACACAUACGACCAUAUUUAAAGUCAGGGCUAAUAAGUGAAUAAUUGACAAGGUCAAAUUGUGGUUGAAACGAUUGAACAAGUUGGUCUAUCCAG